AUGGCAGAUGCAAGCAGCUUGGAGUCUUUACAAGACUUGCAUCGCGAUCUGCAAGCACUAUCAGAAUCACGACUUCCUGUCUUGGACAGACUAUGGCUGCAGCUAGAGGCGCGCGUGGAUGAUUUCAGGAAUCUUUUAGACCAGAAACGAAGAGACGACGGCAGUCGCCAGAAAGUCGUGCAAGACUCGUCCAUCGUAUUUGACGAUGGGGAAUACUCAGUAAACGACGAUUUCCGCGAACAGUCCAUUCAACUUGCGAACACCUUAGAUCUCGACGAAUUAGAAUCCGCGCAACUACUUCACACUGCAAGUAAGGAGUCGAAUGAACUCGAUCGACCGCCAUUCUUUGGGGCACUCAUACGCUAUCAGCAGAGGCGACACUUUCUCCUGGAAUGCCUUCGGUUGGUUAUAAAGAUAUCUCAGGAAGGCCAGGAGGAUGAUGAACUACACGAUGAUGUCACUCAGAAUCUAGAGAUUGUGAAGCGAGAGAUAUAUAACACCAGGACAGGCAAUGCCGGAAAUGGAGUGCUAUUUUGGAAGAAAUGUCUCGCAGCCAUGGGGGAAAUUGAGAAACGCCUACAAGAUCUUCACGAUCGCUACAUCAAAUUGUCCAUGAUGGAACGAAGCCCAUCAGCAGAAAUAGAAGAGCUCAUUAAGCUGGAAAAGGCCAGCCUAACACGCCAACACGAAUCUCUUGCUGGUAUAUGUUGCUACAUGACCAAAGAAACUAGCCCGGGAAUUGAUGGCUUUUCUGUCACUCAGGAAGCCGCGAAGAGACUAGACAAGCAUGAUGCGAUCCUCAUCCAUUAUGUUCCUAUACUCACGCUCCUGAUCAGCUCUUUGGGUCCCACAGAAGCAAAGAAUAUUUCACUGAGGGAGGCAAGGACCCUUCAUAAGUCAAUCGUUUCGACCACAGAAUCUGCUGGAUGGGGGGUACGGAGCUUCCAAGCAACUGUCAUAGCAUACUGGCUAGCUGAGUACAGUGGGCGGUAUGUAGAGGCCUCCACUGAGUCGCCCUUGCAGGGCGUAGACCUGUCUGCAGAGGCAGACGAACGCUCCAAGGUCUUCAUGGAUUCCAUCAAAGACGGUGCAUUGCAUUUCAUGCUGUCAAUCUGUCAAGGCUUGAGACCAGAUAGAUGGUAUGACCCUGCUCGCGCGGGUCUUGUCUCCCUACUUCUCAAGGACGCUGCUACAUUACCGUCUGACACAGUCCCAUUUACUGAAGAUUUCCAAGUUCUAGUGAUGGAACAACUUCAAGGCUUUGUGGAUGCAUUCAUCAGCCACAUGCCAGACACUUUACGCAAAUUGAAAGUUGAAGAGGAUGAGCAAAGGCGGCAGCUUCAAUCGCGUUUCCAAAGGGAUCACGUGGAGUACGAGUUACAUCUCGAGCGAUUCCUUAUCAUCAUUUGUUUCGCAUACGACGGAUCGUCAGAUGCCGCCGUUGCGUUCUGGAAUGAACCCGAAGGCAACUUAUACGGAUUCCUGCAAUGGGCUGCGAAACGCCAGACGACCCCCAGAGUUGCUGCCUUCUGCGAAAUGCUCCGUGCUAUCUCAGUCGGAGAAGAUUGUGCCGAGGCUGCCCACCGCUUCCUUCAAGAAGAGGCUCCUCAAAUGACCAUACGAUCGCGGCGAAGCACUUCGCUAAGUUAUUCUCAAAUAUUCACAGAGCUACAAUUCUAUUCCUCGAGCGUUGGAGAUAAGAACGCAGGUAUACAGGGAGUGACACAGACUGCACCACUCAGUGCCACGGAUCAGAUCGUUGAACCGGAAAGUGCAAUGAUGCUAGAGAGUUAUCUACGUCUUCUAGCUCACUUGUGCUCCCAGAGCAGUGUCGCACGCGACUGGGUUCUGCAAACGGCCAAUAUUGUGCCAAUGCUUCUUACGCUUUGUCAAUCACACCUUGAGAGCCGUCUCCGAGCAAGUACGUUUAGUGCACUAUCUUCCUUCCUUAGCCACAAGACCACAGCCAUCGCGUUUCACAUAUGGACCUACCUGGAUACCUGGCUCCAUACAGGCCUCAAUACGCACGGGAAGCCAGGACCUCAGCUAAAGACUCCUCAGGAGUAUGUCUGGCAUACUAUAGCGAGUGGCUAUGAAGAAUCAAACGCGUUCGUGGAGCUGUUACGUGCGUUGAUUGCCCCACCGUCGGAUGAUAGCGGCUUGAGAGAUAGUCUGCCAUUUCCCGAGAAUCUUGGAUCAAGCCAUCGUAUGCCAGGGAUAGAUAACUACAUCGACUUCGUGAUGGGCCGCAUCUUCGCCGAAAAACAAGAUGGUUUAGAACCACUCCAGAGGCGAGUCAUGAGAUGGAACUGUCUCAACUUCAUCUCGACUUGCUUAGGGUCUUUCAACGAAGAUCUUAUAGUGUUAGCGAAUGUUGCCCAGGCUAGUGUUGAUGUUGAUACUGCAAUGCAGUCCUCAUCGCUUUCAACAUACAUGCAACUCCAUCCUUUCGCGCGCGUCAUGGAGUGGAUGUUCAACGACAAAGUCAUCCAAACUCUUUUCGAAACUGCACAUCAGGAUAUUCACGAAGUCAAUGACGCCCUCCCAGAUUCUCCUCUCGUUCUCUCUCUCCUGUCUAGUAUUGAAGUCAUGAAUCAGAUCAUGAGCCUUCAGUCAACGUACUUGGACCUCGUCCGACCGUUGAUCAAGCUAAAUUCGACGAAUCGUAAAGUCCCGGUAGCGAAUGCGGCUAUAGCAUCAUUCGAAGAUGCUGUGUACACCAAUCUUACCUUAAUUGUAGAUUUGGGUCUCUAUUGUGGAACGGGCCAUCAAGACCUGACCAUAGCUUCACUGAGGCUGCUUGAAAGACUCUCGGCAUCAAGAAAGCUGAAUGGCCCUUCGGACGGGGUUUCCAACCGAUCAGGUCGUAGUAAGAUGAUUGGAGUCGUCGAGAAAGAUCAUGAUGCUGAGCGAAUAGCAAGGGCUUUGGUGUCUGAAAUGCAAGUUGACGAGCGUGAAGUUAUGGCAGGUCCAGAAUCAAGUGGAUACAUCAUCAAGACCACAAUACUUAAUUUUCUCAACGGCUGUCUUCGCGUAUCACCAAGUCGACCAUGUCUAGCCCAUUUGCUACUGGGGUUUUCUACUUCUGAGAACCAGCUCAUUAUCUCAGACGAGGGGCUGUUUGCUCGAGGUGACUCCCUCUUCCAUGCGAUCGUUCAAAUCGCCACCUACUAUCCCGAUGAGGAGCAAGACUCGUUCCUUUCGUGGCUCACGGGCCUAAAGCGUAGCUGCUUUGAAGUUCUCCAACGACUAUGGAGAUCACCGUUAUCGUCCUCCAUCACGAUGUCGGAAUUACGAGCCAAUAAUUUUCUAUACGACAUACUUCUACGCCAGCAUAUCAUUACUCCAGACACUCAGUGGGAGGGUGCGUCUGUUGAUGACGAGACCUUUUAUAUGUCAGACUCAGCGCUAGCAUUUCAAAGUUACUUAACAAUGCGAUCAACACUCUACGAUUAUAUGGGCCGAGAACUUCGAUGGGUCUCUCAAGAAAACAUAACAUCGUCCAAGGGCAAAGUUCAAUCUGCUAUCAUGGGAACAACUAUCUUAUUGAACGGCGAGUCAAUUCGAAAUUCAAGCAUACUGGACCUUUACGACUUCAUGGAAGUAGUGGCCAACAGACCACAAAUUCCAGAGAUGCAAUUGAUGUCAAUGGAAGGCUUAAACUUUGAAGUUUGUAGGGAGCCCGGAAACGAUUAUUAUAAUCUGGCCAGCGCUGCGCAGCUAAUUACUUUGCGACGUAACACUUUGAAACGUGAAGGCAGAUUGCAGUCUCUUGAGGAAGAGCAAGCCCUUGAAGAACAGGGCCAGAUGAUUCUCAGUCUCCUUCAUGGCAUGAACCAACAAAAGAGCGUGGCCUUUUCCCAGAAAGAUUUACUCCGGGCUUGGGUCCAAGCCAUUACCAUCAUACUCGAGAAUGGCGAUUUUGAUGACGCAGGACGGACUAAUUUUAUACUCCAGAUUCUACAACUUAUCACUCCCAAGAUCGAUAAUGCUUACCAGGACGAUACAAAUGUUGCUGUAGAACUUCUCCGCUUGUCGAAGACCCUUCUUCAACAUGUCAAUUUCACCUCGCCCACGUUCGAGGAUAUUACAAGUGGAGGAUACGCGAACGAUCGUAUGUUCCAAUUAUUCAAGACCGCUCUAAGCGGUAUUUAUACUGCAGUUGCCGAGCCCCUCUUGCGCGAGACGUGCUAUCAGAUAUGUUACCGGUAUCAACUCAACGCAUCACGCAAGCAUAAGCAGUUGCGUAGAUAUAUCAUUCAGGCCAUUGAAGCUGCAGGCGACUACUAUCUGGAGGUCAUCUGCGAGGACGCAUAUGCUGGUCAAGGUACCUGCCGAGUGUCUGCACUUAUGUUUCUGGAGUCGUUGGUUCACCUAUCGAUUCAAGAACGCUCAAAACACAUUCUUGAAAGACUCGUGCGCUUCAACUUUAUCUCACUUUGCGUCGAUUCCAUAAAGACGAUGCCUACUGACUUGCAUGCUGCGGCUGCUCCUGACAUCCCUCUCCUUAUAUCCUCCUACUCCGCAAUCCUUUCUCUACUGCUCCGCAUUGCUCAAACUUCCACUGGUGCAGCGCACGUACUAAACAGCGGCUUGUUUUGUGCGGUUCGAGAAUCUGGCAUAUUCGCCGCCGAUCCUGACAUUGGGCUUGAGAUUGACAAUCCUCACGCUUUGGCAAAGUACUUCGAUCUAUUACUCGAAGUUUUGCGCGUGAUCAACGCGGUUGUCCUGAGUCGUGGUCCUCAGAAUCGAGGCACAAUAGCGCAAGGUCGAGAGUUCUUGAAAGAGAAUCGAAAUACAAUGGUCAGUGUUUUCAAGCGCAAUGCAGGAGUGGGCGGCGUUCGACUCGACAGAAACAUUGAUCUAGAUGAUCUGGUGGAUAAUUUCACCCUGCUCAUCACUGCCACAGGCUUCUUAGAGCAUGAAGAAAAGGAAUCGACACAGAAAAGCCCGAUUGGGUAUUACUCAUGA